GUUUUAUUCUUGAUCUCAGUCGAUUCAGACGUGCUUUUUGUGAACAGCUCUUAAAAUAUAAAAAAAGAGAAUUUUCAAAAAAAAAUAUUAAAAAAUAAAGUGAAAAAAAAAUAUUUUAAAAAAAUUAAAAGACAUUAAAAAUGGCAGUUCCAUUUAAUAUUCCUGACGAGGAAGAAGUUGCAAACAGUGAAAUUUUGAGAAAUUCUCAAACAUCAAAUUCACAACCAAGUUCACCAACAAGACCAAUGUCGAUUCCAAUAAGAAGUGACAAUUCACCACAAUCAUCGCCACUUCCUUCACCCGUUGACAAUGAAAUGUUAGUGCAGGCAUUUUAUGAAGCACUUUGCAGAUGCUCACAAGAACUCCCAAACUUCCACAUCAGUCCACCAGCAUCUCCAUCAAGUCCAUUCAAUCAAGGACAUUUCAUCUUCCCACCAAUCUCAGAAAACUUCCAAUCACCAUCACCAUCAACAUCAGUCUUCUCAUCACCACGCAGUAGCUUCAGAAUCAAUCAGACAACAAGAAGAAGACUAGACUCGUAUGGAAAUCAUUCACAAUACAGCCAUUUCAGUGAAGACAGUGGAAUUGCAUUUGAAAAUGACACAACAAAUUGUGAACAAAUUCAUCAAAUUGAGGAAGAAAUUUUGAGCGAAGUUCUACAGUCAAAAAAGAAAUCCAGCAAUAAAAAGAAACCAAAAGAUGCCAAUAAGAGUUCAAAAAUCACAAAUUUAGUAAUAAGUGCCUUACAGUUUGUAAUUGAUACUUUGAAAUAGAAAAUUUAAGAUAUUGAGUUAAGAAAUUUUAAAUUCGUAAUUGAUCUCAUAGAAGAAAUUUAAAAGAAGAGGAAAAAAAAAUUCAAAAUGAUCUCAAAUUAUUUUUUUAUUAAAAUCUUCAAUAAGCGUAAUUGUGAUAUAUGUAGAACUAGAUUUUA